AUGGAUCUACCACAUAUUGACUUAUCAAAAUUUGAUGGUAUAGCAUUUAUUUGGUUUGAUGCUGAAAUGACUAGUGGUAUAGAAGUGUAUAACACUCUAAGUUCGCCGGAUGAAUGGGUUAUUUAUGGAAGAAUAGAUUCAUGUGAAGAAUCCAUACGUGAUCGUUUAAAAAAUAAACGAAUAUUUUUGGUAACAUCCGGCCGUUUGGGUAAUAAAAUUGUUGGAUCGAUUCAUGAUCUUCCACAGUUACAUUUGAUUUAUGUCUUUUGUCAAGAUAUUAAACGUCAUUCAGAAUGGGCUGAUACGUUUACUAAAAUACAAUUAGUCUGUAACAAUGAGAAAGAUCUAAUAUCAAACUUAGCAAUUGACGUAGCAAAAAUGUGUGUAAAUAUCGGUGAUCAACAUUCAAAACUAAAUGAACAUAAAAACGCAUUAGUAUGGUACGAAAGAGGACUUGAAAAGAUGAAACAAUACGAUGGUCCAACCAAAAAUGAAUUAACCAAAAAUGAAUUAACCAAAAAUGAAUUUGUCAAUUCAUUAAGAUAUAAAAUAGAUAGGAGUACAGCAGCAUGUCGGGUAAGAAAUCAGUCCUACUAUUAG